AUGGAUCUACUGCUGAAGGAACUAUCUUUUGAGUAUCCAAAAGCAAUCUUCAGUCAUAGAGACGCCUUCACACAGACCGAACCAAAAAGCACGAGAAGAAUAGACUUGUUAUCGAGGCCUAAACCAGUACCUCCUGGUUUUUUAGAGGAUAGGCGUUCCGUGUAUUGGGUGGAUUACGAACCCCAGCAACCACAGGGAGUGACUGAGGGAGGGACGUCGAAGAUGACACUCUUCACCACCACGACACGACUGGAGGAACUGGCUCGUCACAGGUCUACCCAUCAUGAGUAUAAGGAACACAGACCAACACCAAUAUGGCCAGUGAAGAAGACAGCUUUAGACGCCUCUGCAACAGAGCGUGUUGAGGUCUUGAGUCAGCCAAAGGGUCUCCAUGGUGAGUUCAAGAUAGAGAGAUCUCCAUACUCAGUGGUAACACAGGCGGCACGGAGUGUGUCGGCAUCAAAACGUCUUCAGUCACUUGCUGUCCCCAAAAACAGGGAAGACAGAUAUUGUAUCAAUGACUACGAGUGGGGUCAACCAAGCGAAGUCUCUCCAGAAGCCAAAAAGGCCACUGCUUCAUCAAGGGUGGAGUCACUAGCAGAAGCUAAGGGCUAUCACGAUAACUUCAAGGGAGAGAACCCUGUCCAGUGGCCAGUUUCGGAUCAGGCUCUGAAGGCUAUAGCAUCCCUGCGUCUUCAGCAGCUAGCUCGACCACGGAGUCGCACGAUGAUCAAGGAUGACUAUGAUCCCUAUAAGGUAACCACAGCUGCAAAGAAGGCUAGAGCGACACCACGGAUGGAGGAACUUUGUGCUCCAAUUCCUCGCAAAGUGCGUCAGAAGAAGACACUUGCAGCUGGUCAGUGAUCAACAUUUGUAUUGUAUUUUUCAUUUGUUUCAAGCAGUAUCAUACAGUUUGGCGCACUCGUUAUCAGUAUUACAUAGAAUCUUUGUUGUUGUUGCAAAGAUUUGUUUCUGCAAAUUUGCUGUAAGAACAAAUCUCAGGAUGUUCUGCAUUUUAUUUUGCUUCAAUCAAAAUGUUCAUAAAAUAUAUAUGCGUUAUGAUGCAGCUUUGUUGUGAUAAAGAAGUUACAUGAAUGACUGAUAGUGUACAGUCAGACAUAUCAAAAUACCACAGUUUUGUACCAACUCUUCCUGAGUGCAGAUUUAUUCAAUAUAAAAUCAAAAGAAUUGGAUGGCCAGCAGGUGGUAUUUUCAUUAGUGUGUCCAUACAUAUAUACUGUAUUUGAAUAUGGAGUACUGUAUUGUUGUAUUCACUCGAGUUCUGUGUCCAGAUUACAAUGUUUUAUGCAGUAGCACAGAGGAUACAGAGGUUAACGUCCAAAGCAGCUUGUAUUAUAAUGCGUUCCAUCAUAUGAGAAUAUAUUUAUUUUGAAUUAACAUAUUUAUCCACUUUGGAUGUAUAAGGUAUCGUUCAUAGAUUUAUAUGAUGAUGGAUCAGUCUGUUACGGAGUCUAACAGUUACAGAUCUACAUAGUCGAUCACUCAGUAUUAAAGAAUUUACAUAUUGUUUUACAUGUGCUAUUUGCUUUAUUUUGAAUGUUUUCAUAUUGUGUAUGUUUGUGUGAAGUUUGCCAGUAUUAUUAUACAGAUUACAGUAUUAUUCUAUGUCUUUCACCAGUGUUGUUUAUUGCACAAGUGUUCAGUGGAAUAUCCUUGUUGAGACUUUGAGCCGCAUAUAUUCAUUUUUUGUAAUAAAAGAUUUCACCAGA